UUACUCGAUCUAUCUCUCCGACGGAAGCACCUACGUAAAUAAGGCACCACGACUGAUUUCGAUCACCCAUGGCGGCGCUGCUUCUACACGCGGCUAGGAUGCUCGGCAGUCGCUCUAGUCUUCUGCGAACUGGUGCUUCUUUUGCGGCGGAGGGUCGACGCCGGCUCAUCCACGACGGCGGCGCUGCUCUUCGACGUACUGGCGCUUCUGUUGCCGCGGAGGGGCGACCCCGGGUCAUCCGCGACGGCGCCGCUGCUCUUCCGCGAACUGGCCUUUAUGUUGCGGUGGAAGGGCGACGCCGGCUCAUCCACGACGGCGCAUCUGCUGCCAAGAGUCGUGCGCAGCAGCCACGUAGGAGUACAAUAAGCAAACGAGAGGUGGCGGAAGAGUUGUAUGACCAAGAAAUCCGAAAGAUGGUCAAUCCUUGGCCAACACGCUUCUACUGGUUCUGGGUAGCAUGUAUGGCGACUACAGGGAUCCUCAAAAUUCUCACGUGUCGGAAGAUAAGAAGAGAAGAGGCUGAUCGAUCUACCAAUUGUACAUGACAGUAUUACAACAAGUUGAGCCGGUGUCUAGCUUUUGCAUGUUGCUUAAGUUCAUGUGCUCUUUU